UCAUUUUUCUCUUUACACACACACACAUAUAUAUACAAUUCUCCAUGCAGUGACCAAACCCAGUUGGGGAAAGAAAACCUGAAACAUCAGAAAAGAUCUGAGAUAAGAAUGAGGAAGCCGGAGGCAGUUCUUGGGAAAGAGAAUGCCGAGAAGAACAAAUACCGGAAAGGCCUGUGGUCCCCGGAGGAGGAUGAGAAGCUAAUGAGGUAUAUGUUGAACAAUGGGCAGGGCUGUUGGAGUGACAUUGCUAGGAAUGCAGGGCUUCAGAGAUGUGGGAAGAGUUGUCGUCUUCGUUGGAUUAAUUAUCUUAGACCUGACCUUAAACGCGGAGCUUUCUCUCCUCAGGAAGAAGAGCUUAUUGUCCAUUUGCAUUCCCUUAUUGGCAACAGGUGGUCUCAAAUCGCAUCUCGUUUGCCUGGACGAACCGACAAUGAAAUAAAGAAUUUUUGGAAUUCCACAUUGAAGAAAAGGUUAAAAAACAACCUCUCUUCCUCUCCAUACAACCAUGAAUCUUCAGAUCCUAGAUUGGACAUGAUGUUUGGAGGAAUAAUGUCAAUGCAAGAACAUGACAUAAUGAGUAUGAACAUGAGCAUGGAUUCAUCGUCGACCUCCUCAUCCUCGUCCCAAUUACCGUUUUCUGCAACAGGACACAACUCCUUCGACGGUUCAUCUAUGCCAUUUCUUGACAACCACUUUGAAAUGGCCUCUAUGGCUGGAAACACCAACGGCUUUCUGCAAGCCCCAUUGACAGAAAUGGGAAUGGGAAUGAGAAUGGAAGAGAGGUUUAGAUAUGGAAGUUUGGAGGCUCAAAGAUCAAUGGAACUUGAGAGAGAAGUGCUAUGUGUUCCACAUGAAGAGAUGAACCACCCUCCAUUAAUGAACAAUAGAAGCAGUUUUGAUCAGUAUUUGGGUACAAAUGAGCAAAAUUUGAAUGUGGAGGAGAUGUUUGGAGAUAUGGGAAGCCAUGGACAAUUACAAGAAAGCUUGAAGAUGGGUAAUGAAUGGGACUUGGAGAGUUUCAUGCAAGAUAUAUCCUCUUCAUUUCCUCAUUUUCUUUGAUUUUUCAACCUUUGCCGCCCUCUAAAAUUCUAUAAAUCUUCAUUUAUUUUAUAAUUUUUUUUUGAGGGAAAACAAAAAAACCCACACACACACACACACACACACACACAUAUAUUCUUUAUCCCUCUCAUUUUCUCCCUCGUCAAAACCCAAAAAGAAAAAGCCUAUUUUUCCCCACCCCAAGUUUCAUAUAAAAGGCUUUUCAAAGCCAUUUAGGGAAUUUUUGGGGAGCCAGCAAUACAAAUAUAAAUAUAUCUUUUUUCCCUUAAAUGAUUUCUUAUUUGUCAAUAAAAUUAUCCCACAAAGAAAGAAAAUAAAUAAAUAAAAGAAUUGUUUUUUGGAUGGCCAUGGUUGAAGCCCAUGAGGGGAAUGGGAAAUGAAAGAGAAAUCUUUUGGUUUUGGUAUUUGUCUCUUUGGAUCAAAAGCAGAGUUUUAGAGAGAAGGGUAGAUUUGGAAGAUAAAGUAGUGUUUUUACAUGCAAAAAAAGAAGCCUUUUGUUCUACAAAUAUCCCAACUUGAGAGAGAGAUUUUGGUAAGUUUGUGUAUCUUCAAGACAUGGUCUUUUGUUAGCAGUUAGCACCAUCAAAUUAAUAAUAAUAGUAGAAGCAGCAAAUAAACAAUGGUUGGAUCAUU